GCAACCAGAGGACUACAAGUCCCACAAUUAUACUUGCGCUGAUGCACUUCCUCUUCCGGCUGAACAGAGCGCCUGCUCCUGCCGACGUGUUGUUCCGGUGGCUGAGCGGCGGAUUGCCUUGUGCCCGGCAAAAUGGAGCUUGAGGCCAUGAGCAGAUACACCAGCCCAGUGAACCCGGCUGUCUUUCCCCAUCUGACCGUGGUGCUGUUGGCCAUUGGCAUGUUUUUCACUGCCUGGUUCUUCGUAUAUGAGGUCACCUCCACUAAGUACACUCGGGACAUCUACAAAGAGCUCCUCAUCUCGUUGGUGGCUUCACUCUUCAUGGGCUUUGGAGUCCUCUUUCUGCUGCUCUGGGUCGGCAUCUAUGUAUGAGCUCCCAAGGGUUCCAACUUGGCAUCACUGAAUCCUUGCUUUUGUAAAUUAAUUUUUUUUUUAACUCUUGCUGGAAGUAUCCCACCUGCUGCUCACAAUAAAGAUGUGUGACAGCCCUG